AGAACCAGAACCAGCACCAGGACCAGCAGAAGAAACCAGACCAGCACCAGUAUGCAGUGUGUACGUUGUCCCGCCAUUUUGGUUCUCAUGGCACUGGUUCUGUGCAGUACCGGAGUUUCCUCUCAGCCAGACAGAGACCAGCUGCAGGACCCGGACCUGGAGCUGGAGCUGGAGCUGCGCAAUCACCGGCUGCUGCAACGACCUCGCAGCGCAGGGUUCCUGUCACAGGAGUGGAGCAAACGUGCGGUGGAGGACCUGCUCGCUCAGAUGUCUCUGCCUGAGGCCGACGUCCAGCGGGAAGCUGAGGCGACAGGAGGGAGGAUGAACCUGGAGCGGUCUGCCGACCAACCCAACAACAUACCCCCCCGCGAACGCAAGGCCGGCUGCAAGAACUUCUACUGGAAGGGCCUCACUUCCUGUUAAAGCCCCCCCAGAUGAGGCCACGCCUUCCUAAGACCAGUGGACCAAUCCCCUAUCACCUGGCCUUCACCUGAGAGAUUGGAUGGACCAAUCAGCAGCUGUCUGGCUGCAUCAUACCUGAAUAAUUAAUGUAAUUAUCAAAUAAAGAGAGAAAUCUGUGAA